AGACAAAUUGAAUUAUUUUUUUUAUGAAUUAUUCUCUUGAACAAAGCUUUCUAAAAUCUUUGUGUUUCCCCAUUCCUCUAAUAUAUUCAAUUCUAUGCAUCUCCUUUCAUUUCAUACUUAAUUACCAGAGUCAUAUUCUCAAUCAACUUUUUUCAUACGAUCUGCCAUGGUUAAGAUUGUAGUGGCUAAACCCUCAACCUUUCUUUUCGAAUACAACUUAGAUUUAUAAAGUUUAAAUUAAAAUGAUAAAAUAGGUGAAUAAACGAGUGAAUUUAGUUCAAAAAAAAAAAAAACGAGUGCAAAAUCUGGAAAAAGUGGAGGCAACCAUUGUUUGAACUUCAGAAAACGCAGAUUAUAGAAAAGGGGAAGAGAUGAUACCAAAAUUACAUGUUUCCCCUCUUUAGAAAAACAAAAACAAAAACUUCAAGGACGCACGAUUCUAACUCAGGUUUUGUUGAUAUACAACCUAGUCACUUGCCAAAUUAGUUUACAAAACAUUUUUACUAUUGAUUACAAAUUUAGAAUUUAUAGAUACAUAUCUAUAUACUAUAUUAAAAGGGAUAUAUGAGCUCCAUUGAGCCUAUCCACCUCAGCAAAAAAAUUCACAACCUAUCAAAUUGUCAUGUCAUCAUAAAUUACAAAAAAAAUCCUUUUACGUCAAUUUAUUAUUUACGAUCUCUCUUUUUGUUUUCUUCCUCAAAUCAAUUUUUUCCUUUCAUCUUCUCAAUCCUUGGCGGAUCUGAUUCCUAUCUGUGUUUCUCUGUUACUUGAUUCGAUCUUUGUUUCGUCAUUGCUUUUUUUAUUAUUAAGCUUUUGUGAGAUUGUUUUUGCUGAUAUUUUGUUUUGAUUUGGUGUCUGACAGAUCAUUAACGAUCGUGAGACGGGAAGGUCAAGGGGAUUCGGAUUCGUGACCUUCACGGAUGAGAAAUGAUGAGGGAUGUUAUUGAUGAGAUGAACGGAAAGGAGCUCGACGGACGUACCAUCACCGUCAACGAGUCUCAGUCUAGAGGAAGCGGCGGUGGAGGAGGCCGUGGUGGAGGAGGCCGUGGUGGAGGUGGAUACAGUGGCCGUGGAGGUGGCGAUUGUGGAUCACUGGAUCAACAUGGGUUUGCAAGGGACAAAAUCUGGAUAAUCGAUGACAAUCUACCUCCACAAGUUCUUAAAAUCAUCAUUAGUUGAUCUUCAUCUCAAACCAUCAGAAGAGGACUUAAAGCAAUGGUUUGACAGUUCUGGGUUUCACUUGCUAUAGAUGGCCAGUCAACAUUGAUCUCUUUAGAAAGAUCAAUGGCAAACCCUUCAGAUUCUUAUUUGCAUAUGGCUUGGCACUCGGAUGCAGCCACAGUGAGCGGAACAGACGCUCUUGCUAACAUCCGCUCAAAAGUCUAUCUCUCCCCCAAGCUUUGGUACUUGAGAGUUAACGUCAUCGAGGCUCAAGAUUUGAUCCCGAGCGAUAAAGGGAGGUACCCUGAGGUCUACGUGAAGGCUAUAGUGGGAAACCAAGCGUUACGGACUAGAGUAUCUCAAAGCAGGACUAUUAACCCCAUGUGGAACAAGGAUCUGAUGUUUGUAGCAGCUGAGCCUUUCGAGGAGCCGUUGAUUUUAAGCGUUGAAGACAGAGUUGCUCCUAACAAGGACGAGGUCUUAGGGAGAUGCGCGAUCCCGUUGCAGCAUUUGGACAGGAGGUUUGACCACAGGCCGGUGAACAGCAGGUGGUUUAACUUGGAGAAGCAUAUCAUGGUGGACGGUGAGAAGAAAGAGAUCAAGUUCACGAGCAGGAUACACAUGAGGAUAUGUUUGGAAGAAGGAGAUCAAGUUCGCGAACAUACGCAACAUCUGCAUCAAUUUUUCAUUAAAUUAGUCAAACUUUAGAUUUACCAAAACAAGCAACAACCAAAGAUAAUAUUAAACACAAAGACAUGAAACUAUAUAAUUUUUUUUUUUUUUUUUGACAACACAUGAAACUAUAUAAUAUAUUCAAAUUAGGAUUGAUUUUA